AUGUCUGAAGAGAAGAAAUCUUCAUUUAUAUCACAGUUAAAUGUGUUCAAUAAAGAUAAUUAUAACUUUGGUAGUACAACAAAGACUACUCCGAUAGACAAUGAACAAAACGAUUCAUCCUCCGAUGUUGAAACAGGUCAACAAUUUAUGACUGAAUUAGAUCAAGGUGAAAAACAAUUAGGUUUAUUCUCUUGUAUUGGUUUAAUUUGUAAUAGAAUGUUAGGUACAGGUGUCUUUGCUGUGUCUUCUACUAUUUAUACUUUAUGUGGUUCCGUUGGUUUAUCAUUAAUUAUGUGGGCCCUUGGUGGUAUCAUCGCAUUAUCAGGUUUAUACGUUUAUAUGGAAUUCGGUACAGCUAUACCUAAAAAUGGUGGUGAAAAAAAUUAUUUAGAAUUUAUCUUUAAAAAACCAAGAUUCUUCAUUACAUCAAUGUAUGCUUCAUAUGUUUUUUUCUUAGGUUGGGCAGCAGGUAAUUCUGUUAAUACAGCCGUUAUGUUCUUAACGGCAGCUGACACUGAAGUUACUAAAUGGAAUCAAAGAGGUAUUGCAGUUGCUGUCAUUUUUUUCGCAUUUCUAAUUAAUUCUAUUAGUGUUAAAACUGGUAUCUAUAUUCAAAAUGCUUUAGGGAUCUUUAAAGUUGGUAUUGUUAUCUUUAUUUCAAUUACAGGCUGGGUCGCUUUGGCUGGUGGUCUAAAAGAUGGUUAUCAAUCUCAUAAUUUCCAUAAUGCAUUCGAAGGUACAGAAACUGCAACUGCUUAUGGUAUUGUUAACGCUCUAUAUAAUGUGAUUUGGUCAUUUGUUGGUUAUUCCAAUGUAAAUUAUGCCUUAGGUGAAGUAAAGAACCCAGUUAGAACUUUAAAGAUUGCAGGUCCUACAUCUUUGAUUUUCCUUGCCAUUAUCUAUAUAUUUGUUAACGUUGCAUACUUUGCUGUGGUUCCAAAAGAAAAAUUAAUUUCAUCGAAACUUGUCCUAGCUGCUGAUUUCUUUGAUAUUGUCUUUGGUGGUCAUGCUAAAAGAGCUGCUGCUGCAUUUGUUGGGUUAAGUGCUUUAGGUAAUGUUUUAUCUGUCAUCUUCUCACAAGGUAGAAUCAUUCAACAACUGGCUCGUGAAGGUGCUUUACCGUUUUCUAAUUUCUUUGCCUCAUCAAAACCAUUCAACUCUCCAAUGGUUGGUCUUUUCCAACAUUUCAUUAUUUGUUUGAUCACCAUCAUUGCUCCUCCUCCAGGUGAUGCUUAUAACUUCGUCUUAAAUUUGAUCUCCUAUCCAAUGAAUAUCAUCAAUUUUGUCAUCAGUGCAGGUCUUCUAUGGACUUACUGGCAAAAGAGACAAGGUAAGAUCGAAUGGAACCCUCCAAUCAGAGCAGGUUACGUCGUCACCACCUUCUUCACUUUGGUUAACUUAUACUUAAUUGUUUGUCCUUACAUUCCACCAACCGAUGGUGAAUCCGUUUAUGAAACCCUACCAUACUGGAUUCAUUGUGUUGUCUCUUGGGGUAUCUUUGGUAUUGGUGCUCUAUACUACUUAUUCUGGGCCCAAAUCAUGCCCAAAUUACGUCAUUAUCAUUUGGAGACCAAAGACGUUCUGGGUGAAGAUGGUUUCUGGAAAGUUAAGAUCAUUAAAGUUUUCGAUAAAAAGACUGAGAAACAUGAAUCUACAAACGAUGCCGACUCUAAUAGUUUAGAAUAUUCCAAUUCUAAUAAUUAUUCUAUGACUAACGUUGAACAACAUUUAGAAUAUAUUGAUAGUACGAAGAAAGGGGCUGAUUCCGAUACUGAAAUGCAUGUCAGAACAGUAGACCAUCAGUUGUGA